AUCCCAGGAUGACCAACAUGUGCUUUCUCUCUGGACGGACCUUUGUUCCAUAUUUAACUCUAAUAAGGAUCUGGCGUUUCUUGACAUCAGUGAGAGCUUCCUUACCACUUCAUCCGUGAGGAUUCUUUGUGACCAAAUAACUUCUGCCACCUGCAAUCUCCAGAAAGUGAUCCUCAAAAACAUUUCCCCAGCUGACGCUUAUCGGGACUUCUGCCAAACGUUCAGUGGCCACGAGACUCUCACACAUCUGACCCUUCAUGGCAAUGACCGGGAUAACGUGCUUCCCUCCUUGUGUGAGGUCUUGAGACACCCAGGAUGUCGCCUGCAAUAUCUCAGGUUGGUGUCCUGUUCUGCCACCGCCGAGCAGUGGGUGGAGCUCUCCGCAGCCCUGGAGGCCACCCGGACCCUGACCUGCCUGAACCUCUCAGCCACUGAGCUCCUGGAUGAGGGUGCCAAGUUACUGUUCACGGCCGCGAGACACCCCAAGUGCUCCCUGCAGAGGCUGUCGUUGGAAAACUGUCACCUCACAGAAGCCUGCUGCAGGAAGCUGGCUUCUGUUUUGAUUGUCAGCCAGAAGCUGACACACCUGUGCCUGGCCAAGAACGCCCUGGGGGACACAGGGGUGAAACUGCUGUGUGAGGGCUUGAGCUACCCUGAAUGUCAACUGCAAACCCUGGUGUUGUGGUGCUGCAACAUAACCAACAACGGCUGCGGCCAACUCUCGAAGCUUCUCCAGCAACAGUCGAGCCUGACCCACCUGGACCUAGGGCUGAACCGCAUAGGCAUCACCGGGCUGAGCUUUCUGUGUGAGGCUCUGAAGGACCCACUGUGUCACCUAAGAUAUCUGUGGCUGCGGGGCUGUUUCAUCACUCCCUUCAGCUGUGCAGACCUCGCCUCCGCCCUCAGCAGCAACCGGAGCCUUGUCUUGCUGGACCUGAGCCAGAAUUUUUUGGGGUCCAGUGGAAUCACAACACUGUGUGAAGCCCUGAGACACCAGAGCGGCCCCCUCCAGACACUCAGGCUGAAAAUAGAUAAAUCAGAUGCUGAGAUCCAGAAGCUUCUGAAAGAGAUCAAAGAAAGCAACCCUCAACUGACAAUUGAUGGGGACACUCGAGACCCCGGGGGCAAAAGGCCGUCUUCUCUGGACUUCGUCUUCUGA